AUGGAUAAUUCCCCACCUGAAUAUGCACCAACAUCAACAUCCACAUUUACUGUAUCUAAUGAUGCCACUAUAUACAACCAAGAGGUUACCAGAACAUCGUUGAUCAAAUCACCACUACACAAAUCACUAUAUGAUUCCUUAGCAGAAAUCUAUUCCAUAUUGCCAACAUUGGAAAUGAUUGAAGUAUCAUUCUUGAAAGAUUAUAUAACUGAUAAAGAAAAGUAUAUUUCCACCACAUAUAGGCUAAUUCAUCAAUAUCAAAUGGUAAUCAAAAUGUUUGGUGAGGAUGAGGCCAAAUUGAGUUUAUUAAUUAACGAAGUUCUACCAGGUUUACAACGAGACAUGUCCAAUUUCUUGGAUCUUUUACAAGCUAAGUUUAAUAUUAACUUUCCCCAUGCAGUAAUCCGUUUGAAGAAUGGUUUGCCAGCUACAAUUGAACAAAUAAAUGGGUUACAGCCAAAUAAUGUCAAUUCGAGGUUGGUGGCAGAGAUAACAGGAAAUUUCAUCACUUGUAUGGAUGCAGUUAAAUUGAAUUAUAAAUCAAAGGAUCAGCUACAUCCUUUAUUGAGUGAAUUGGUUUUGAGCUUAAAUGAAUUAAAUGAAGGGUUGGAAUUUAAUGGGAAAUCCAAACUUAUAAACUGGUUAAUUAAAAUAAAUAACUUAACAGGCGAACUUUCACAAGAAGAGGCUGAUUCAUUUUUAAAUGAUCUAGAUGUAGCAUAUAAAGGAUUCUAUACAACGCUAGAAUAG